AUGAAUCAUCAUUUGCUUACAAAACUGUCGCUGCUAAUAACAUUGUUGAUGUUCUUGGUGAGUUUUAGCGACGCAUUUCGCCUCAUUCGACAUAAAAAAACAGUGAACAUCACAAACGAUUUAGAUAUCGGUGAUUUCAAGGAUUUAAUAUUGCAUUGCAAAUCAAAGAAUGACGAUCUGGGCGAACAUGAACUGGUUUAUAAAGAUUCUUAUUCGUUUACGUUCCGGCCGGAUUAUUGGAGAACAAGUCAGUUUUUUUGCUUCUUUAAAUGGGAAGAAAAUAAUAAAAAUCGAACGGAGUGGUUUGAUAUUUAUAUUGAUGAGAGGGAUAAGGAACGGGGUACUAUUUGUUAUUGGAAUAUUGAAUCUCCAGGGCCUUGUAUGCUUAAUGAAGCUACUAGCAAGUUUGAUAUUUGUUUUCCUUGGAAUCCCAAGUGA